AAUUCACGGUGGUUUCCGAGCGCCUCCUGGAGGAGAAAACACAUGAGGGUGUGGUUAGGGUUCUCUGCUGACAGACCUACCGUGGGGAAGAAAGAGAAACCCUAAAGAUGGAUCAUGGCCGUGACUGCAUGUCAAGGAGAAUCUCCUUGAUGACACUGAGGCCUACGUCGAGAUAGAGUAAAUCUGGUCCAAUUAAAAGGUGUCUAUUUUACCACAUUUUUUAAAACAAAACAAAACACAAAAACAAAAAAGAUGGAAAAGAAGACAGGGGUACAGGCACCAGUGUUACAUGUCUGACGGGGAACAUCUAUUCUUCAAAGCUUGCAGCUGUACACGUAGGUUUUAGAAUGUCUGUCAGCAGUGGACAUGAUCUUAGAGUGGGCUGUGCAGAUAGACCUUUCCAGGUCAUGUAAUUGGAUUAAGUUGAUUGUAAUUAACCUACAUGUAACUGAUUAGGUUAGGGUACAUUCCACGUCAGGUGACCAGAGGCAGUAUAAAAGGAAGCCUGGAAAGCAGAGGUCCCUCUCCGCCCCUUCCUCUGUCGCCGUGGAUGCUGCAUCGCUCCCAGCGGGGCUGCUCCAUCACCUGCCCAUCUCAGCGCCAGCCGGGGAAAGAAAGUAGACGUGCAAUUUCAGGUUAAUUUCACUGAACAGUUGUUUGUUUCACGCAAUCCCUGAGGGGUGGGGGGGAAAAGAGACAAAGGAGGCCGAAAGAAACCGAUCACACUGGGGCUUGCUGAUGGGGUAGGGUGUGCUCUCGUUACAAGUAAUUCUUGGAACAGAAAACGAGAAAGCAUUUCCGUCUCCAUGUGUGGGAUAAGACCAAGGUGGGAAUGCGAAAAGAAAUGUACUGCAGCAUGCUGAAUUGGUGGGUGAAUGGAAAAAGGACUUUGGAAAAAAGGGUGGUUUGCCCUCCAGCCAUGUAAGACAUCGAUACGAUAUGGCACUUGUUCACAGUUUGUUUAGAUGAAUUCAUGUGGCAUGUGUAAAAUACCAGAAAAAUAAAUAAAGAGGGGCUGGAGCUAAAGCCAAAAAGAUAGAACAGGAAAGACCAUCACCUGCUAGUGUGGUAGAGAGGAAGGUAACUUCUCUUUAUGAAUUUGUGUUUGGAAGUUGCCUAAUGAAAUGGCAAGAGUAGCGAUUCAAGUUGUCACAGGAAGCAUCCCUUAUCUCAGAUUUCAAACAGACCAGCCAAAGGGUGACACACGCCAUGCCCUGUGGCUUUGAUCAUUCUGUCCGUCAAGGGAGAUAGAGUCAUCGUGUCUUCUACCGGAGUGAAUCGUGAUAGACAUAAGUCCGGUCUCCAGAAUCAGUUGCUUGUUUUGGGUUGAAAGGUCAACUCCCCAUACCUAGGCCACGGGCCCUGUGGCAGGCGAGGUUUACUCUCGGACUAAGUAAUCAUGGCAGAGGAACACACAAUAUCUGAGGAUGCACACAGCACAUUGUGUUCCACAGAUUUGACCGACUGGUGGUGAGGUCUCCUCAUGACCACACCGGCAAGGAUUUAGCGGGGGGCUUCCUGUGGGUGUGUGAAUAUCCAAUGUGCUUAACCAUCGACAUGUGUGUGUUUGUGUGUGUUUCAGGUGACCCAACAAUCAACCCCUGAAAAAGCCGGUCAUAAAACCCACAGGAUACGAAGAUGAUGGCACGUCAUGAUCCCAAACCUGGGGCAAACAGACUGGUGAGAGCCCAGACCCUCCAGAAGCAGCGGAGCGCCCCAGUUGGGCCAAGGUCUCCCCUGCCCGAUGAAGAAGAUCCAAGGCUCAAGUGCAAAAACUGCGGGGCCUUUGGCCACACGGCCAGAAGCACCAGGUGCCCCAUGAAGUGCUGGAAGGCAGCCCUGGUUCCAGCGACCUUGGGGAAAAAGGAAGGGAAGGAAAACCUGAAACCAUGGAAGCCCCAGGUUGAAGCCAACCCGGGGCCCUUGAACAAGGAUAAGGGAGAGAAGGAAGAGAGACCAAGGCAAGGAGACCCGCAGAGGAAGACUCUCCUCCACAUAUUUUCCGAGAAACCUCCAGAGAAGCCGCUGCCAAAUCGAAAAGGAUCCACGGAAUCUUCUCAUUAUCUGAGGGUUGCAAGCGGGCCAAUGCCGGUCCACACAACCACUAAGAGGCCGCGCGUGGACCCUGUCCUCUCUGAUCGCUCAGCUACCGAAAUGUCUGACAGGGUCUCCAUCUUGGCUUCACUGUCUCCCCUCAGAAAAGCCAGUCUGAGCUCCUCCUCAAGUCCUGGACCAAAGGAAAGACAGACAGGGGCUGCGGCCGACAUCCCUCAGCCUGCAGUCAGGCACCAGGGCCCCGAGCCUCUCCUCGUGGUGAAGCCGGCACACAGCAGCCCUGAGGGUGGCUGCCGAGAAGUUCCCCAGGCUGCCUCCAAAACCCAUGGCCUGCUCCAGGCCAUCAGACCCCAGGCACAAGACAAACGUCCUGCGGUGACCUCACAGCCCUGCCCACCAGCCGCCACACACAGCUUGGGCCUAGGCUCCAAUCUCAGCUUCGGGCCAGGAGCCAAGAGACCUGCCCAGGCUCGGAUUCAGGCUUGCCUGAACUUCCCCAAGAAACCGAGACUGGGUCCCUUCCAGAUCCCCGAAAGCGCCAUCCAGGGAGGUGAGCUGGGGGCCUCGGAGAAUCUCCAACCUCCGCCAGCCGCAACCGAACUUGGACCAAGUACGUCGCCCCAGAUGGGCGGGAGGACACCCGCCCAGGUGCACAGCGUCGACCGGCAGCCUCCGCACAGCAGACCUUGCCUGCCUACUGCCCAGGCCUGCACCAUGUCCCAUUACCCAGCGGCCAGCCAUGAUGGGGCCCAGCCUCUCAGAGUGCUCUUCCGGAGACUGGAAAACGGACGCUGGAGCUCCAGCCUCCUGGCGGCACCCCCAUUUCACUCUCCUGAGAAGCCGGGAGCCUUCCUCGCUCAGAGCCCUCAUGUGUCAGAGAAGUCUGAGGGUCCCCGUGUUCGUGUCCCACCGAGCGUCCUCUAUGAGGACCUUCAGGUUUCCUCCUCCUCAGAGGACAGCGAUUCUGACCUGGAGUGAGACUGCAGGUGACAGGGUCUCCUUGGCCUCCAGCUCCCGUGACUUGAAAGGGAAUGUGGGACUGAGGACCGGAGAGCAGAGAGAAGACUCUGUGCGGUGACUCCGAAGCUCCCCGGCUGUGGCGCUUCUGUGGAUGUGGGAGCCCAGGCCAGGCAGGGAGCAGAUGCAGGGACUCUGCCUCAUUGAAUUCUGGUGAGGGACAUUGUAGUUCGCAUGGUUCUCCGGAAACGCGCCAGGAAAAGCUUCCGUGCCAGAGAUUCCUUGCCUCAGAAACUGCGUGAUGCACAGGAGUCAGAGUUCCGCUGGGACGUCAGUAGGAAACUGGGGAAUUACUGUGUAUUUGCUCUCUAGAUGACUGAAUAAGGGAAAAGUUAGGGAACCCUGAGAGGUGCAGCCCUUCCGCUGUGCCCCGCCCUGAGAGCAGUGUUUCGGACGCUGGGAAGCGUGCUGUGCAAAGCGCUCUCGGGGUCUUUCCUCAGCCUCGAAAACUGGGCUGUGGAAUGCCUUUGUACAUAUGUGUGUUGAAUUUGUUUAGAAGUGAAUAAAAUUCUCAAAAAGA